GCCCAGCUCUCUCGCGGCACCCUGGCAGCAGCAACGGGACACACAUACACCUUCAGUCAGAGCCAGAGCACGAUUCUCUCUGCUCUGCUGUCUCUCUCGCUCGGCUCGCGGGGACACUCCUUCCGUCCUCUCCUCCCUUCUUCGGGGGCCCGUGCAGUCGCUCCGUCUCUCUCGGAUUCGCGCGCGCGCGCGCUCGGUGCUGCUCUCUCGGUUUACGGAGCCGAAAAACCACCCUACGAGAGAGCGAGAGAGAGUGUGUAUAAGCUAGUGCGCGGCCAGUCCGCGAAACGCACACACUCCAUACACUGUCUGCGCUGUAGCAGACGGUGAGCGAGCGGGGCCAAGUGUGCGGGAGAGAGAGAGAGAGAGAGAGAGCGCUGGGCGCUGCAGUGUGUACUGUAGGCUGUAGGAGAGCGAGCGCGCUGCAGGAAGGCCCAGUAAAGCAGCAGCAGUACACACGGGCGGCGACGUCGCGCGGCUUUCCCUUCGGACCCGCAGCAGAUCCAGCGAGGUCAGAUACUUAAAAAUAAUUGGGACAACGAAGAAAAAUAUGCAGCUGAAUGGCGAUGAAUAGCUUACAUCGAGUUAUUGAGGAAUGAUGGGAAGGUCUCCACUGUUCACUUUACCUUGUCGAGGUGAUACACAAAAUGGAGCGUUUCAUUCCCAUUGACGUACAAAAAGCCCAAUGUGGGUGGAAGUGAGAUGGCAUCCAGGGAGAAGAGACCCCUAGCGCCUUCAAAAUCCAAGCAGAAGGCAAAUAAUGAUAGCAGCUCGCUACCAACAGCCGCCGAAAACAGUCGCAGUAGCAACAGUCAGUCUAGCAAGAAGUCCAAGGCCCUGACAAAUCCCCGCACGCAGUUAGCUCGUGAAAUCCUAGAAGUCGUGGCGACAGGCAGCCAGUUGCCCGCCAAACUCGAGGCCAGCCUGCCCCGUAAACGCGCCCUCCAGACGGCCCUCAAGCGCAAGCAGAAGGCUAAGAAGACGCUCAUCAAGGUCAAGCAAAAGGUGCCGAUCAAAACGCUCAAGCGUAUCGCCGAUGCCAAGAAGAUACUGAACAAGAAGAAGAAGACAGUCAAGCACUCCGUUGAUACGUCCCUCGACAAUAGCACUGAGUCCGAGGAAUCGAAAAAUAAGUGCAAAAUUGCCAAGAAGUCGAAAGCCCCUGCAAAAGCCAGCGAAGAGGUAGAGAGCGAAGACAAGACCAGUCCCAAGUUGGGGAAAAAGGUGUCAGAAGCUUCGCCAAAGAGUGCCAGGAGUGCCAAGAUAUUAGCAAUAACUGUACAAAAGAGAAACGACAGUAAGGAGAGAGAAACAAAGGUGAAGAGGAGCCUUAGCAAGGAGCCAGAGGAGGAGUUAUUGAAACACAUCAAGACAGAACCCAUUGACAACUCUUACGAGGUUACCAUAGAGGAGGUCAUAGCUUCCUCGAUGCUGAUUGAACCCCCGAUCAAGGUCGAGGGUGAAGAGUCCGUUUCGGAAAGCGAACUGAAAGGAAGGAAGCUCGUGAGAAAUCCAGUUGCCAAAAGAAGCCUGAGAAACGGCAAACUUCGCAUGUUGUUACCAAAAGUUGAGCCAGACGCGGAGCAGAAGAAAACGUUCAGCAUGUCGGGGGCCAGUGUGGAGCCAACCCCCGAGCCGGCAAAGUCUCUCAGCUUAUCAGAUGCCGGCGAGCCGUCUCUCGUUAAUGUUAAAAUCGAGGAGCCUUCCGAGGAGUCGAAUCACGUGAGCAUAAGCGACGCGACAACGCCUCUAUCUGACGGCAGCAAUAUCGAGACGAACAAUAACGGCUGCGAGAACAGUGCCGAGGUUGAAGAGAUCGGCCCGACGCUACGCUCCAAGACGAAAGCGCGAAACUCCGACAGCAGCAGCGACGUUCGCUCGGUAGACGGUGACAGUAGCGUCAAGAUGGAAGAUUCUCCUGUGAGCAAGCCGGCGGCAGCGACGACCCCCAAGACAGAGGUCGGGGACACCGGUAAGAAGCCGGUUGCCAAACUCGCCGACAUGAGCAAGACGGCUAGCGCGAGCGCAAGCGCGCCAAAGAGCCGCAGGAGCAGCCUCAACAUCGAUGUGCGGCGGAGCUCGCUCUACGGCGACAAGCUCGCCCCCGAUGGCGGUUCGAAGUCGCAGAUCGACGAGAUGAUCGAUAAGAUCAAGCUGAGCAUCGUGAAGACGAUCGAGAGCAAGAUCUACAAGCCUGAUAGCAAAGGUGGAUUGCUCUUGGGGAAGAGUUUCGAGGUGCCUAAGAUCGAGGAAAUCAUUGCUCCGCUUAGCAACGACGCGACGACGCCUAAGCUCGAGAAGGAGACUGACGAGGAGAAGCCCAAUGCUUCCAAGAGUAGAGAGUUGAAUUCGGGAAUUUUUACGAAAAAAGAAAUGAAGCCUGAGGACGCGGAGAACACGGUACCGAAAGUGGCCGAUACUGCCAAAGAAAUCGAGAAACUAGUCAUGGGUGACAUCGAGCAAGCAGACUCGCAGCCACCGAAGGACAAGAUCGAGCAGCCGGCUAACGAGCCCGAGGAUACAACGAAAACGGUCGCCACGAAAGAAGACGAGCAAGACGACAGGGCGAGUUUGCAGAGCACGAGCACCGAGAAUCUCGAUGACUCUGCUGGGAAAGAUUCUGCAAAGUCUGAAGAGUCGAAGAAAUCUGUUGGUCCUACGCGGAAAUCGGCAAGAGUAACCGCGGGCAAGACUUUGAGUGCACUGGAAGCCAAAAAGUCUAUGAGCACACAGGACAUCGUUAAAGAGCUUGAAAAACUCGACGCCGAGGAAAAACCGACGGAGAAGGAGAAGAGUUCGGAUGAAGCUGUCGAGACUAAAGAAGGUGCCACGAGCAAGGCUUCCAGCGAGUGUGGCGAGACUAAGACUGCGACGGAAGUCUCGAAGGCAGCGAACAAUGGCAAAUCGUCAGUUUCUGAUGCAAGUACCGAGCCCGAGAAAAUGGAUGUCGAUGAGUCUACUCAAAGCGAAAAGAACGAGGAGACGUUAGAGAGUCUUUCUCGGGACGUCGAGAGACUUGUCGAGGAGGACAACGAAAAAACGAAAGAUAAAGCGCCCGAGUCCGCGGAGAACGACGUCUCGUCCGACGUUGAAAUGCGAUUGAUGAUCGACGAGGAUAUUCCUGAAUCGGUUUCUGAUAAAGCAGAGUCAAAUUGUCCUCGACCACAAACUAAGGAUAAUAAAGAUAGCUGUGAUAAAAAAUGCUCUACCGAGAGCUCCAAUGACGUACAAAAGGUUGAAGCUACCGUAGAGUCCACGAGCGGUGUUCAAGCUAAUCCAGAUACGGAGGCUGCCACUACUGCAAAAUCUGCAACGACUGACGAUAAAUCAAAAGAAGCCACUAAGACAAAAUUGAUCGAAGUCGAGGAGGUUGAAAUACAAAAGGAGAAUAAUCGACGAGUCCUCAGAGCAAGGGGCGACAAGCAGAGAAAAGCCGAGACUGCGAAAUCAACUGUUCCUGCUCCCAUUGCCCAAGAAAAGUCUGAAACGAAAACUAUUAAGCUCGAAGAUGCUGCCAACUCCGAAGUGCCUUUAUCUACGCAGGAUAGCACUGAGUCCGGCAAUGUUGGUAAUCAAAGUCAAGCGAGUACAAAUGAAACUUCCGAGACGGCUGAAACUGCCCCAGCGAUCAAAGUCGAGAAGGAAGAUGGCCAGCCCGAGCCUCAAACUCGCACACGGCGCAGCAGAGAAGUAAAGAGGCAACCACCGCCCCAAGUACUAAAGAAACGUGGUCCGAAAAAGCAAGAAGCAAAGAAAGUUGAGCAGCAGGAGAGCAAAGAAGAGACUAUGCUUGAUAACGAAGUAGCCAAGAUCAAUGAAAACGACAGGUCUUCGACUUACUUGAAAAUAGACGAAGGUGUCAGAGGAGUGUCGGCUAAUGCUGUCAACGCCGUGCAGCAAAAGCUCGACCUAUCUGAAUCCAAGAGCCGCAGCAAGUCGGAGAACGACGUUAGAACUACCAAUCUCUCCAGCGAAGAACUGAAGUCCGGAACAUCCAAUCAGUCUUCAGAGGCGGAGUCGACGGAGACUGACACUAAGGAAGCAACCGUUAAGGAUUCCGCUAAAGCUUCGACUUCUGGCGAGUCGUCGAGUAGCGUUAAAAAAAUUUUGGAAACACCCGAAGAUAGAGCGAAAAAGGAAAAUAUUCUAAGGCAGUUGGGCUUGGAAUCAUGGGAGCGCGUGAAGGAGAUAAAAGCUAAAAAAGAGCAGUACACUGGCACUUUGAAAACGGUCAUCAGGCUGCAAAAAGAGAAGGACGGCAAGAAGAGAUCGAGAUCGCCACUCAAGAUGGUUCUUAAGCAACAAGGACGCAUGGAAGGGGAAGAAUCCUUUGACUUCUACACUAUUCAGAAGGAGUUUGGAACCAGUGGUUUGGGCGAUAGCAGUUCUGGUGCGAAUCGAAAGUUAUCCACUAACCCCAGACACUCUUGCGAUGAAGAUAAUGAAGACGCGCCGCUCAAGGACAGGCAGUCACUGGUCAUUCCUGAAAAGUCUUCUUCCUUUUCUAUCCAUCCAGGACGUUUGUGCGCUGAUAAUUGUUGUUACUGUCACGGAAAGUUUGGCUCGCUUGAUACACCGAUGCAUCUUGCGCAAAUGAAAUCAGAUGAGAGGAGGAAAAAAAUAUUAGAAAACGAAGUACAUUUGACUAAGGAUUCGUGCCUCUGCGACGCCUGUUAUAGGCAUGUUGAUAGGAAGGCGAAUAUGAGUCCUACGAGUAUGCAAUUUAAACCACAACGGCAGAAUCGGCAGUCCAUCAUGGGAUGCUUGGCUCGAAAUUGUUCGGAAUCUGCGCGGCACCACGUUAAACGUCGAUUUCUUCAAAAAAUUAGACCUUAUCUACGAAAUGAGGUUGACAUAAAUUGGGAAUCAAUGCAACAAAAUCUGAUGACAUUCUGUGUAACUCAUUUUACAAUCAUCGAGGACUUCUUGAUAUGUACAUUGUGCAAGCGGCGUCUUACGCGAAAUUAUACAUGUCCUCUUGGUCUGAACGCCAAUGCUACGGAAGAAAUGAACCAGCGUUUUAUACAGCAAGGGAUUCCUGCGACGAUGGUCUUUAAUAGAUUUGUCUGUAGAUUAUGCAAAUACUUCAUCAAAUUGCAUCUCAAAAAUAACGAUUUCGAUGGUAUGACUGAUAGCAAUAAAGAUUUUCACAAAAAGUAUCGAAAAAAACUUUUGUACAAUCAUGAUAUUGAUGAACCUGACAGCGAGGAAGAAACAGAUUCUGCUAAUCAAAAUGCCAAAAACAAAGACAAAAGCCGACCGACGAGCAGCACUGGCAAAAAGUCCAAGUUCAACACACCGGGUGUAAAGCUGCCAGGUUCCUCGAAAUCACCUGAUAAUCUGGAAUCGAACUCUGAAAAAUCAUCGAAUUCUGAAAAGUCAACUCCUGAGCCACCGCAGAUCGAAUCCAGUGAGCCAGAAACUAACAACACCAAGGAUGAGGCGAGUACGUCUGCUGCGUCAGAAUCACGGUUCCUAGGUAUCGAGGGCGCAAUCGAAAAGCUGAAAAAACGCAAAGCCCUUGACACGUUGACGACAAGCACUCGAAGUUUACUAAACAUUACGAACAAUUCGACGAAUAACGGCAGCACGAGAGACGUAGUCGAGAUUCUAGCUAUGGACAAAGAAGUUACUCUGACCAGGUUACCAAAGAGGCCACGGAUGAGCAACCCUGUUACGCAACCAAGUAACGAUAUCACACCAGUGGUACAGCGACUAGGUGCCAAUCCUUCGAUCAGUGUACGCACUCUCUUCCCUGGAGAAGAGGAGAUGAAUUUGCAUGCUAACGUAGAGUUCAAUAACGUGAGAGAAGUGACACCACGGGGCUGGGAGAAGUGCGCUACUAUGAUACAGUACGAUAGGGAAACGAAGCAUCUGUGGCAAGAGCUGCAGAGGCCUUACGGAAAUCAAAGUAGCUUCCUUAGGCAUCUUAUAUUGUUGGAGAAAUAUUAUCGAUCGGGAGACUUGAUUUUGGCACCAAAUGCGUCGAGAAACGCGAUAAACUAUUCCACCUCAGUGCAGAACCGACUAAUCUCUUACGAAGGCCCCGAGAAAAUCGACGAACCUCGGGAACCGAUCAACACCAUCGAAUAUAACAACUCGCGUCGGCUGAGUGGUGGCUACGUUCUCGAGCGGGAGCCACGACCUAGUGCGAGCAGCUCCAUCACCACGUCCUCCUUUGCAAACGUAACCUCGCAACUUUCGAAGCUCGACGGCUCGCCGCGUGUCAUGAAACUAACCCCGGGAGUUUCGAUCAUCAAAAAGCCACCUCCAAAUCUACAAAGGCUCAAUAUGAGCGGUGGCGGACUGAACGGCAGCGCAAAGAGGAAAGAAUCAGUACCUAUUCAAAAAGGAGGUUCUGUAACCGGAACUAUGACAACUGCCGGGGGCAAGGUAUUCCAGUUAUCCGAGCCUGAAUUCCGGAGACUGCAAAGCCUCAAAAAACAGAAGCAGAUGAUGAAUGAGAGACACCCCUCGAGUCCCAACAGCGGUUCAGGAAGCUCCAAUUCGCCACCUGGAAAUUAUAAGAAUGUUGCUCAGUACCAGAAAGCUCAGCAAUUGGCUGCCCAAUCGCAGUUUCAAAAGCACUUGCGCAUGCAGCAAGAGAUGCUUAAUCAGCGUAGUCGUGGCGACUUCGAACCUCUGAUCUGCGAUAUUCGCACAUUGGCUAACGAAAAUACGCCUACGCAGAAUCUUAUUAACAAUCUGAAUCUACCUAAGUCGAUACAGGUGACGACAAAGGCUCCCGUGGCAUCCAGCACACCGAUUCCUAUUUUGCCCAAGAUACCUAAAAGCCUAACGGUGAUCCCGCAAACGGUCUCCAGGGCUCAGGAUAAGUGAUACUCGAGGAGAAAGAGGCGUUCAAUUGCUGCCUCGAGUCGAGAUUAUCUGUUCUACAGUCGCCGCGAUCCUCGUAGAUGAGGACAACCGUCGCUCUUUUACAUUUGUUCCCAAUUCCUUUUCGUUUUGGGAGGGAUAAUAAAGACGAGAGACAGGUGAGCGACCUCGCUUUUAAAGUAAAAAAGAACCAAAGCUGUGUUUAACUGGAACUAUGAAGAAGGAAAAAUGAAACUGAAAAAGUGCCUAAAGAAAGUGACACGUGAUGUGAAAGUUUGUUAUGAGACUUUUUGAAACCAGAAGCAACGCAUCUCUCGCUUAUUUUCGUUUCAUUUUUUUUUUUUUUAUUAAUUUUCGUCUCUUUUCUGGUGUUAAAGCUCUAAGAUAGAUGAUUCUUUAUCUUUGAAGGGACGAUUGAAGAGAAAGUAGUUUGAACGAAGAAUUUUAGAAAGAUCUACCUAAUAAUGUCGAAAAAAUCUAUACAUAUAUGUAUAUACUAAGCAUGUUGUAAAAAACUAUAGAGCUUUUUAUUAAAAAGCUUCAAUACUGCCUUUCCUAAAAUUUAUAAAAUUUUUAUAUUGAUAAAUUAUUGAGUUUUGAAGAAAUAUAUAUUGAACUAAACAGAAGUAAAAUCAAAUCCAUACCCAUACCGGAGUAUAUUAACUUAACUAAAUAAACCUCAUCUGAUGAAUGAUGGCAAAUUCUUCGUUCAGCUGUUCAUCGCCAUUGACCUUCGCAACAAAAUACAAGCACUCGCCUUUUUCCUUUGUUGCUUUUAAUAAUAACAAUGUAUACUACUACUCUAUAUAAGAAAACGAGGACGGCAAGUACGAAAUCAAGCAAAAGGAAAUAUAUAUCUGCUAUGUGAUAUGUGUGAUUCAAAUGCAAGAACAAGACAAAGAACUUUUUCGAAGAAACUAUUCGAAGUGCAAGAAGGCUUCGAGGCUCGGAUUUGCCUCUUGUGUCGGUGUCCGAAUCUCAUUGAUAUUUUAUGAGUUCCUCGGUAGCCGAAGAUUUAUUAUUGUCAUAACUAUCAAGGGUCGCGAUAGCGGACCUAUCAUAUUUUUAUUAUUACCCUAUUAAUAAUAACAUUAUUAUUUUAUUAAUUUUCAUGCACAUUAGUUUGCGGACGAUUAGUUAUUAUAAUAUUCAGAAGAGAGAAUAGAAUAUUCAGAAAAAUAAUCAUUGCACUGUCGUGGUCACCGCGGCCAUGACUGACUACGAGGAUAAUGUUUGUAAUUAUUAAUCAAUCAAUAGAUUUAAUUAUUAAUGAAAAGUUAGGAGUAGAUCACGCGUUAUAUUUAUUACCGUUACAUUGUAAACUUUGCAACAUCAUUGUAAAUAAUGGCAAACUACAAAAAUGUUUAGUUUCAGAUAGACAUUUUCGUUAAAAAUGUGAACGAAAUUUUUCUUCUCUUUAUAUUUGACUCUACUGCUAGGAUUAUUUUUUCUAUAAGAAUUUUACGAGAAGAAAUCGCAAAAAAAAUGGAGUGAGCAGGAAAGAUUGAGAAACACACAUCUUUAACAACAGGAAUUGAUUUCAUGUUCUUGGAAAAGAGCUUUAUUUUUGAUUUUUACGAAGCGUGUUUAAUCGACGAGCAGUUGGAAAAAAUCAAUGUUUUUAUUGUCAUUAUUCUAUACGAAAUCAUGUUCAAUUACGUCUUUUUUGUUAAUAAAGAGUGUUUAAAUUUAUUUUAGAAAAUAUUAUCAAAGAUUAUCAAUUACACGAAAUAAUUAGUAGUCUUACAGUGACUUGAGAAUAUUAAUUAUUUCGGAAUGAGUAUAUUCUACACUGUUACUUUUGCAGUACGUUGUUUAUUGAUAAUCGAUGUCGAUAUCAUUAUAGAUAUUUUUAUAACGAAGAACGAUCAAAGCAAUCAUUAUUUAGUCCUGUUUUAUUUAGCUUCGAAUGCAUUUUCGUAUAGUUCUAAAGUAUCACUCCAUUUGUCCCGUUUCUUCUCUUUUGUAUAUAUAUUUAAUGAUGUGCGUUUCGCUAAUUCAAACGAGAGAUGAAUUACUUUUCGAUAAGCACUUCGGUACAGGAGACUCGAAAAUGUGUAUAGAGCAGAUAAAGAAUGGGUAUAUGAUAAAUAAAAUUGAAAUAUAAGAAAUGAAAAAGAAUUGACAACAUUAAUUAUACAUAGUGAAUGAGAAUAUAAUAUCGAAAGGUACUUGGUGGUACUCUUAUAUAUAAAUGCUCUAUUUUACUAAGGAUAUUUUUGAUAUAUCUAUAUAUAAAUAUAUGUAUAUCGAAUUAAAAGUAAAUGAAAAUAGGAAGAAAUAGAACUAUGACAGAGAAAUAAAUUACUAUGAAAUUAAGUAUGAAAACAUGAUUUGCUGUUGUAUAUCAGUGGAGAAAAGAUGGAUUAAAGUUGUUGCUGCAUAUCCGAGCUUGAGAGUCGCCAGGCGAGUUUGUAAAUUGAGUUCACGAGAACAAAAGUCAAUACUUAACUAAUUGGAAACGUGUCAAACAUUCUAUUCAUUUACCGCUUAUUUUAAUGUACUUAUUAUUAAGUAGCAAUUUUACAAGUAUUCGUAUCAUCACUCACUAAGUAGUCAAUUAUAACAUUUGAAAAAUUAUAUAUCACUUGAUGAAGUUUGAUAAAAAAAAAACGUUUUUCAAGUACUUUCAGUUGAAGAUAAGUAAUAAUAAUGAAGUACAAAAAAUGUGAUAGAUUAUCAAUACUAGUGGACGAAUAGAAGUAGUGUCUAAAAGGAUUCAACUGGCAUUUUAAAAGAAUAAAGACACUCACAAAGUGUUCUAAAACAGAACGUAAAUCGAUCAUUUAUUUCAAUUAGUCAUGAUUUAAUAAAUUUUAUAGAAAAAUUACCUUCACAUUUGUAAUUAUAUUAUUAUGACCAAUGCAACGUUUUAACACUAUGAGAGAUGUAGCUACUGACUGAUAUAUUGAUAAAAGGAAAACUAAAAGUUUUAAGUGCCACAUGAAUCGGAAACUUGCGCAAAGUUAAGACCGUUCAUUCUCAGACGAAUGGCUGGCUAAUUUGUCCGCUUUACUACAUUUUACAUGUGUUGCAACUCGCCUGCGCGUCUCGCUUUGCUUCAAUGCGAUCUAACAAAAAAUUUUGUACAUCGAGAGAACUAUUGUUACUUAAUAUUUGCGAUCCUCUAUUGACUUUGGUAUAUACGUAUACUAAAGUUUUGAAAAUAGAGUAGAUAUAUUUUUAACAAUUCUUUUCUCGAUGAUAUGUGCAUAUGCAUGGAAAUAGAAGGCAGAAAAAAUAACACGAGGAGGAACUGGUGUUUAAGUUUAAAGAAUUCUAUUUUUCUGGUGGCUGAGGGUCUAGAUUAUCGAUUUUAAAGAGAGAAUAAUGAGCAUAUACGGGUUAAAGAAAAAAAGAAAAUUGUUUCAUGGAGAAAGUAUAACAAGAACUUGUAUUUUGAACUCGAAAAUGUGAAUAUGGUAUGGAAUUAUGAAUUAGAAGCGUGAAAAUGCAUCUAGAGAAAAACUUUGGUGAUUGUGAAUAGAACCACAUGUCUAGCGAUUUUGAAUUUCGUUCACUCAACCGAUGUCAAAGUCGAUUUGGUUUUCAAUUUAUCAAAUAUUUUUCUCUUAAUGUAAUGUUUGUGAAUGAUUGACAGGGUGAUGAAAAGUCGAGAAAAAGUAUAUUUUAAGAAGCAAUAAGUGAAGCAUGUACUUGUGCAACGGGCGAUCGAAGGACUUUUAUUUUUUGUUUUUAUUAUUGGACUUCUCCCCUGUUUUUAACAUAAAUGUUAAAUUGUACCUAAUGUAGAAAAGUCGACGAAGAUAUGUUUAUGUUUAUAUAUUGUGCUCCUUAUCAUGUACCUUAUACUUAUAAGCUGAAAUUAUAAACUUUAUGAUCGAUUAUGAAUUGUAGCAGUUACACUAUAAAUUUUGAUUUUACUUCAUAUCAUACAUCUUGGGCAAACAAAAUCAAUUGAUCCCUAACGAUAAUGUAAGUGACCGAUCAUAUUGAUUUGUAAUCGUAAUUUACUAGACUAAAGUGCAACGAAGCCUUGAUUUAAAGUCGAUUGAAUCAAUCGGCUUUUAUAACUUUUUAAUUUUGUGAACGAUAAUGGAUUUAUCGAUAGUUUCACAAACUUCUUUUCUUAUAAAAGCGUGUCGAAGAAAAUGUGAGAUUAGUGCCUUUUUAUUACGGCGAAAUUGAAUUUGCUCUAAUUAUAAACUUAAACUUGUAUAGUAAUAAAUUACCUUUCACUAAGUAUUUUACAUUUCUUCACGACUACAAGUUAAUCCUUUUUUAUCGUAUACUUGUUUAUUUAAUAAGAAACUUUAGAUUUUUUUUCAUUAGUUGGUAUUUUACACUUAUUUUAUCACUUGACUAAUGAGUGAACAUAUCUCUUGUCUCAAUAAACAAUAAUGUUCAACAAAGCUGAAAGAAACUAUUUCAAAUAAAAUUGAAAUUCGUCCUCUCAAGGACGUCAAUCUAAUAUAAAAGUGUUUCAAAAGUGUCUUAAUCAAUCACUUCUGUAAGAAAUAUAAACUAUUUUCUCUUAAAAUAUCAACCAUCAUCCAGCAUGAUAGAAUACUCUUCGCGAAUGAAAAUUUUUCGACACGCCAAGUUAGAGUUUUUUCGAUUUAUUUUGACCCACAUUUCGUCGACUUUUCUAAAGGUGUAUAUAGAAUUCAACUAUCAGACAAAGACACACACAAAAAAAAAGAAAACGAGUCAAGCAACAAAUUUGUUCGAGCGACGAACGAACAAACUCAUCCACGUAAUAAUGAAAAAGUUCACGUAUAUAAUAUAAAAAUAUCGAAACGAGCAUGUUACACGUCUUUGUAAAGUAAAAGAGAGAAAGCUGAAAAAAACGAGGAAUACGCAAGCAAAAGAGGAAUGCGUCGACGAUAAGGAAUACAGAAAGAGGCGUAUGCGCUGGUUCAAUAAUGAUAGUAGUAAUACGAGAGUGAGAGGCCUUUCAAGAUUUUCUCGGCGUUAUGUGUAUGUGUAUCUCGGCGGGCACACGACGCUUCCUUGCAGAUACGAUUAUUAUUAUCAUUAUGAUUAUCAUUAUUAUUAUUACGUUAUUUAAAUAAUUAAUUAACAAUGUUAUCAUCUUAUUGUAACGAGCCUUUGUUUAUUUAGUUAUAUAAAAAGUGUAUUAGUUAUUUAGUUCUUCAAAAUCCUUUGUAUAUAUUCGCAAGACUUAAAUAAAAGCGUAAAAAAAAGAGAAAACGAAUAUGUUUGAGCUCUAA